UACGGGUGCAUUCGUCACCAUCGAACAGAAAAGCCGCUGUCACCUCCCCCGAUGGCCAUCCCCGAUCCCCCCAUCGAACCCUAGCCGUCGGAGCGCCACCCGGCCACCGCCCGACCGUCGCGGCUCCCCGCCUCCACCGAUCCCCUCCCGUCGCAUAUCUCCACCGAGCGCUUCUCGUCGCGGCUUCAUGCCGCAACCACGCUGCGGCUCUCCCCCGAGCUAUCUCCCCCAGCUCGCCGCCACAAUUAUCACCCUCAAGCCCAACGAUCUCUCCUCCAAGCGGCCAGAUCGCCCUAACUCGGCUGCUAGUCAAUGCCAGCAAGAGGAGUUCAGCCGACGCCGGAGCUGGGCGCUGGAGUUCAGGAUUUGCUGACGCUAGGGGCAUCCGAAGAAUACGCCCAAAAUGGCCCGCCGCUUUCUCCUUCGUAGCCUCAGCUACUCCGCCGAAGACGUGGUCGUCUCCUCCAUCCGCCUCCUCUCCGCCACGAACCCUAACAAAUCAGCUUCCCUUCAAUCCGUUAACCGCAAUCCCGACCCAGGAGCAGCUCCUCCUCCUCCCCAUCCUCCUACCACCACCCUCCUUCUGCCUCCGGCGGACCGCCUCCGCGGGGUCUUCCUCCAAAAGGCCCCUGGCCGCGCCGCGCUCCACCAAGCCCUCUCCUCAACGGGCCUUGACGCCGCCGCCGCCCUCUCCCCGGAGAUUCUCUCCGAUGCUGUCAACCAUGGCAACCUCAGCGGAGCCGCCAUUAUCGACCUGUUCGACUGGGCCAUCUCCAACGCCGAGCUGCCCCCUACCCUCGAUACCUGCAACAUUGUCAUCAGGGCUUUGGGCAGGAGGAAAUUCUUCACAUUCAUCGAGCGUGCCCUGGAGAUCAUGGGGAAAAGGGGCAUCGUCCCGGACCUAACCACACUAGGAAUCAUCAUCGACAGCCUAGUCGCCGCAAGGCAGGUAAGCAAGGCCGUCCAACUGCUCGAGAGCCACCAUUUUGGAAUCCGGAUCGAGCAAACUUGCGGCAGAAAGGAGGCCUUCUCUGUUCUCAUUAACUGCCUCUGCCGGAGGUCACAUGUCGGCGUUGCCAGCUCGCUCGUACAAGCUGCCCGUGGAGACCUUCUUGUUCUCGACAAACAUGUGUACAAUGACGUGAUGGGUGGUUGGGCGAGGUUCGGGAAGGUAGAUAAGAUGGAGCAUUUCUGGGCAAUGAUGCUGGAGGAUGGGCUAGUGCCGGAUGAGGUUUCACAUUGUCAUCUCAUCGAGGCGUUGGGGAGAGCAGGGCGGGCUGAGGAGGCACUCAGGGUGUUUGAGAAAAUGGUGCAAGAGGGAUACAGUCCAACUACGAUGGCGUACAAUGCACUCGUUUCCAAUUUUAUCUCACUGGGGGAUUUGGACAGAUGCAUGGGGUACUACAAGGAUAUGGUGGACAAGAAUUGUCCACCAAAUAGUGACACAUACUGCAAUUUGAUUAGAGCCCUUUUGAGAGCACGCAGGGUGGCUGAUGCGCUUCAAAUGUUUGAUGACAUGUUGGCUCAAGGAGUUCUGCCAAAUACUGGGGUAAUUACAUCAUUCAUUGAGCCACUAUGUACAUUCGGGCCCCCUCAUGCUGCUUUGAUGAUCUACAAAAAGAGUAGGAAGGCUGGUUGUACAAUAUCCUUGAAAGCAUACAAGCUUCUGCUUGAAAGGCUUGCCAGGUUUGGGAAAAGUGGGGUGGUGUUGAAGAUUUGGGAGGAGAUGCAAGAGUGUGGGUACCCAUCUGACAAAGAAAUUUAUGAGUUCAUUGUAGAUGGGCUUUGCAAUGUGGGUAAGGUUGAUGCUGCUGUUUCUGUGGUGGAGGAAUCACUUAGGAAAGGCUUCUGUCUAGGGAGAGUUGUUUAUAGCAAACUCAACAAUAGGCUGUUGGAGAUGGACAAAGUGGAGACUGCAUACAAUCUGUUGAAGAAAAUCAAACGUGGACGCACACUUGCUAACUCACGCAACUACUGCCGUGCUAAUGGUUGGCACCUGUGAACACACUUGGUUGGCACACAACUAUUUAGGUUUGCUGGAGAAAGCAGUUCCAUAUGUGUUAAAGUGCAAUUGUAUGCAGUCUUCUAUAAAAUUGGUAAUGGUAAAAUUUAAGUUUGACUGGUGAAGGGUUUAAGGUUUGUACAUAUUCUCUUCCCUCCAUGUUUCCAAUAUGUUUGGCUAUUUUACGCAGACCAUAUUAUCGUUUAUAUUUAUUUUUCCAAAUUUGGAUGGGGUUAUUCUAACUAAAUAUUGCCUGAUGACGGGUUGGAGUAGUGAAAGGAACAUCAGGUAAUGAGAUGCAGUAAUCAAAUCUUUAGAAUAGAAUGGAUAGGCAUGUACGUCUUUGUUGUGUACUGCUGCUGCUUUGGAAAAGAACAUAUAUUAGAUGAAUUAUGAAGUUACAGGACUUGGGUUUCUCAGGGAAAUGCAGAGAAACUCUAAAAAAAAUCAGAUGGAUCUCAAAUAUCAGUACUAGGGCCUCUAUUCGAAAUAACUGGACUUACACAAGAACAUCAUUACCUGGAAGUUAACUGGUAGGCCUACCUGUUUCUACUGAAUUUGUUCUAUCUAGCAAACGGCCACUGCCACAGUUUCUUGAAUGGGUACAUCACAUCUGCAAAUUUCAAUGUAGUGCCAGUUAUCCUGUUACCAACUACGUUGGUAAGGAUUCUAUAUAUGGUUCCUAUUCAUUCAUAAUUCACUUUGUUAAUUGGAAUUUUCGCUAGUGUUGUUUGAACUGUAGAUAUGGCUUUGAUGUUACUCUUUGUUCUGCAGUGUAAAAAAAUCAGUUCAUUUUUUGCAGCUUCUUUGGCUAUCUAUGCAUUUUUGUCUUCAGAUGAUGUAGGCUGCUGAUUUUCAUGAAGAUGGGAUCAGGGCUUUAUGAGAUAACUGCCCAGAAGCGUUGCUAGUAUUAAGUAUGAGGACUGAUAUAUCAUGUGAGGUCACAGAAGAACACUGGUUGAACAAUUACACGAGAAGGAUGGGGCGUUGGAGCUCAUCUUUGAGCCUGAAUGCCUGAUGCAGUGUAGUGAGGUGGUUCGUUCUCUGUUUUGGGAUCACAUUUAAGGUUGACUAUAGCGCAAAAAUUGUCCAUUUCGAAGGACCCCCAUGGACCGACCCAUUUGUCGAGAAGAUACUACUACAAGUUUAUUUAGACAUGGUCUUCAAGAUUCUGCAUCCGCAUGCUUCACAUGUCUACAGGAUCUAGACACGGUGGAUCACAUUUUGAUGGGAUGCGUCUAUUCUAGACAAGUCUGGUUCAGCUGCCUCAGGAAGUUGGGCUUACAAGUUGCCAUUCCUUUGCCCAUAGAUACCUUACACUCCUGGUGAGUUUCAAUCUGAAACCAGUUCAGAAGAAGGAACAGAGCUCUGAUUCACUCACCAUUCUCAUCAGUUGGAGUUGGAGGAAACAACUGUUUGUGUCUUCCGAAACACCAACAGGCAGCAUUCAGCUGCGGAUCUAGUAGAGCGCAUCCAAUGGGAGCAAUGGGGUAGAGCAUGGUUGGGACUUGGGAGGGUGUUGUCAGUUCUUGUUGUGUGCAACAUGUUGCUGACAAUCUUGUAUUUGAAUUCCAUGCUCAAUAAAAAUAUGCCACCAAUUCAGAAAUAAAAA